AUGUCGUGUCCCGGCGAUACUCAAGCGAUUCAAUCAAUGUCCCCCAAUUUUGGGGGAAUUCAGGGAUUCUAUAGCAUUGCUAAGGGUAUUUCGGAUGGUUUGCAGAGCACACCGGACGCCAAAACGUAUAAUGUGAGUUUGGGGACCAUUUCCAUCGUGCUCAGCGCAAAAUUUUAGUCUAGAAACGUUUUUGCGCAUGGGUGGCGCAGCUGGUUAGAGUAUAGCUGUUCUAGCGCCCAGGAGGUCAGGGGUUCGAGCCCCGGUGGGGUCUAAUUUUUUUCGAGCGCUUUGCGCGAGUGUAGAUCAAAAUUCCGCGUAAGCGGCUCGAGCGGAGCGAGUGUAUGUGCCUUUAAAUUAGCCUAGGCACAAGCUCCGCCCACAAAACCCCCCUGGGGACCAUUUCCAUCGUGCUCAGCGUGAAAUUUGAGUCUAGAAAUGUUUUUGCGCAGGUGUGGCGCAGCUGGUUAGAGUAUAUAGCUGUUCUAGCGCCCAGGAGGUCAGGGGUUCAAGCCCCGGUGGGGUCUAAUUUUUUUCGAGCGCUCUGCGCGAGUGUAGUUCAAACUUCCGCGUAAGCGGUCCGAGCGAAGCGAGUGUAUGUGCCUAGGCACAAGCUCCGCCCACAAAACCCCCCUGGGGACCAUUUUCAUUGUGCUCAGCGUGAAAUUUGGAUCUAGAAAUGUUUUUGCGCAUGGGUGGCGCAGCUGGUUUGAGUAUAGUUGAUUUACUGAGCAGAGGGUCAGGGGUUCGAGCCCCGGCGGGGUCUAAUUUUUUUCACCUUGAAUUUUAUAUCCUAGCCUAGGUUCUCAAGGGCGCUGAGCAUUUUCCAAAUAUUUUUAGCCAGAGAAAAUCAGUGGUUUUCGAGAUAUCCUAACUCCAGAGCUCAUCGGGGUGCAAAAUGAGUCACUUUAUGAUGAUCCUCGUUGAUUUUUGACCCGGAAAGCCUAUGGGAUUUCCAGUCAACAGGUCACGGGUUCAAUUCCCCAUGGAAGCGAAAAUUUUUUAUUCCCAAUUUUUUUCAAACAUUUUUCUGAGCUCCGUAAUUUGGAAAGCGGCUCCAUUGACCGUAUUGAGAUUCUGAAGAAAAAAAUCAGAAUUUUGAAAAAAAUCGAGACUUACGGCAAGUUGAAACCAAGAAAAUCAGAAAAAUGAGGAAUUUCAUUUUUUUUGCGGAAAAAAAUGGAAAAUUUUGGGGAUUCCUGGUUUUUAUAGGGAAAAAAACAAGUGUCUGUGGGAUUUUUUUUUUCAAAAAAAUCAAUUUUGAAUUGCCACGUGGCAAUUUGAGCUCCUGAAUUUCAGCUCCAUCAUGCUCAGCGUGAAAUUUGGGUCUAGAAAACUUUUCGCGCGAGAGUGGCGCAGCUGGUUAGAGAAGAGUUGUUCUAGCGCCCAGAAGGUCAGGGGUUCGAGCCCCGGUGGGGUCUAAUUUUUUUCGAGCGCUCUGCGCGAGUGUAGAUCAAAAUUCCGCGUAGGCGGCUCGAGCGGAGCGAGUGUAUGUCCCUUUAAGGUACUGUAGAUGUGAGUUAAGCCUGCCUCAAGCAUUGCUCAUGUUAAGCUGGUCAUUUUGAGACCAAACAAGGGUAUGUCCCUUUAAAUUUACCUAGGCUUAAGCUCCGCCCAUAAAGCCAUUGCUCAUGUUAGAAGUUCGAGCGGAGCGAGUGUAGAUCAAAAUUCCGCGUAAGCGGCUCGAGCGGAGCGAGUGUAUGUCCCUUUAAAUUAGCCUAGGCACAAGCUCCGCCCACAAAACCCUGCCUCAAGCAUUGCUCAUGUUAAGCUGGUCAUUUUGACACCAAACAGGGGUAUGUCCCUUUAAAUUUACCUAGGCUUAAGCUCCGCCCACAAAGCCAUUGCUCAUAUUAGCCGAGCGCUCUGCGCGAGUGUAGAUCAAAAUUCCGCGUUAGCGGCUCGAGCGGAGCGAGUGUAUGUGCCUUUAAAAUAGCCUAGGCCUAAGCUCCGCCCACAAAACCCUGCCUCAAGGCAUUGCUCAUGUUAAUCCCUUCAGGAUCUCAACAAUCUGCUAUUCGGAAACUCUCCAGUGUCCGCCGAUCAAGUAGCCCAAGACAUGAUCGUCAAUCAAAUCGGAGCCAUCAUUUUCUGGAGCAUCGGUUUCGUUUUCGUCCUGGCUGCCAUAGUUCUAUUCCUGGUUACUGUAAUUGUGCAAUGUUGUUGUGGAUGUCGACCGAAGGAGCCUGAAUUGCUGAAGAGGAGAAAGAUCAGUGGAUUUUUGUUGAUCGGAUUUCUGAUCAGUUGCUUCGCUUUUCUGUUGACUGGUGUGAUUUUGUACAAUUUGGCGCAGACUGAUUUGACUAAUGGAAUUGAUCAAGGAGAUGUUUAUACUGAACAGAUUUCCGGAGGUACGGUAGGCGGAAAGGGCCGAGCGCUCUGCGCGAGUGUAGAUAAAUCUACCGCGUCAGCGGCUCGAGCGGAGCGAGUGUAUGUCCCUUUAAGGUUGUGUACUGUAGUGGCACAACAAUUUAAAGGGACAUACACUCGCUCCGCUCGAGCCGCACGCGCGGAAGAUUGACCUAGACUCGCGCAGAGCGCUCGGAAAAAAAAAAUAGUCGCCACCGGGACUCGAACCCCUGACCCUUCAACCAGUAAAUGAGCUAUACUCUAACCAGUUGCGCUACCUGGAUACCUCUAGGCAAAUUUUCAAAAAAAAUUUUUUUUCAAAAUUCUCACACAAAACCGCCCAAUUUUGCCACGUCAUAAGUAUGAUUUUCAUUUUCAAAAAAAAAUUAUCACAAAAAUUAAUCUUUUCCUUUUUUUGUUUCCCAGAAGAUUACAUCAGGUUAUCAAUUUUUGCUUACGACAAAAAAUCGAAUGACAAAUUUUUUCGAAAAGUUCAAUUUGAACUUCUAAGCUCGAUGUUCCACCCAUGAGACCCUGCCCAAAGCAUUGCUCAUGUUAAGACGAGCAUUUAGAGACCAAACAAGGCAUGGUUUUGUGGGCGGAGCUUAGCCGAGCGCUCUGCGCGAGUGUAGAUCAAUCUUCCGCGCACGCGGCUCGAGCGGAGCGAGUGUAAGUCCCUUUAAGGUUGGGUACUGUAGUACUGUGGUUGUACAAUACACCAAAGGAACAUACACUCGCUUCGCUCGAGCCGCAUGCGCGGAAGCUUGAUCUACACUCGCGCAGAGCGCUCGACUAGGCUCCGCCCACAAAACCAUGCCGAGCGCUCUGCGCGAGUGUAGAUCAAAAUUCCGCGUCAGCGGCUCGAGCGAAGCGAGUGUAUGUCCCUUUAAUACCUCGUACUAUAAUGUAGCUUGGUCAGACCAUUGCUCAUGUUAAACCCAUCGCCUUCUUCCAGACCUCACCCGAGUUCUAACCGACGGAAAUGCCCAAAUCCAAUGCGACAUGCAAAACACGACUCAAACAAUGUUCGCGCAACUCGAAUUACAAAUGCAGAGCUAUGCGAAGACUGUCAUCGACCAGACUAAAGAAGAUAUCGGAUUUACUGCGCUGCAGAAUUUCGAUGAAGUUGGGUAUAAUCAACAAAUCGGCGAGACAAAUGCGGCUGGGCAGAAGCUUCAGGCUGAUUUUGAAGGUAGGAAGGGAGAAUUUUGGGAUUGCUCAUGUUAAGCGGAGCAUUUUGAGACCAAAUAUGGUCGAGCGGAGCGAGUGUAUGUCCCUUUAGAAUUCUGUACCACUACAGUAUGACACAUUAAAGGGACAUACACUCGCUCCGCUCGAGCCGCGUGCGCGGAAGAUUGAUCUACACUCGCGCAGAGCGCUCGGCACAGUUUUGUGGGCGGAGCCUAGUCGAGCGCUCUGCGCGAGUGUAGAUCAAAAUUCCGCGCACGCGGCUCGAGCGGAGCGUGUGUAUGUCCCUUUAAGGUUUAAGGUACUGUAGUAGUGAGUUGAGCCACGUCGUCCCAGACAUUUUGAGACCAAACAGUGUCCCUUUAAGGUUGGGUACUGUAGGGAUGUAGUGGUACAAAAUGAUCGGCCUAAGAUGAGCAAUGCUUGGGGCCUAGUUUUGUGGGUGGAGCUUAAGUCCAGGCUAGUCUAAAGGGGAGACACUCGCAGAUUUCUCAUGUCAAUUUUUCUCCUCAGGAAUUCAAGGUGCCCAAUGUGCAACAAUGCUCCAGAAUUACACCCGUAAAAUCAAUGAGAUCAACACGAAUCUGAAGGCGUUUUCGGCGAUUGCAAAAGAUAUCAAGCCGAAAUUGGUCGAUGCGAAUGAGCAAUUCGAAAAUGUUCAGACACAGAUUCAGCAGCAGGCUGAUCUAUCGGCUCAGCAAAUGAAUCAGACUCAGGCAGAGAUUCAGAGCAGCUUGGAUUCUAUUAAUGUGAGUUAGGAACCUUAAUUAAUUAGGUUAAUUAGGGCAUCCUUAAUUAAAGCUUAUAAUUUAAUUAGCGUAAUUAACCCUUAAUUAUUUAAUUACAGACAAUGAUCAAUGAAUUCCUGGAAGAUCUCAACAAUAUUAUCAAUUCAGUGAAACGCGCCAGAUUGGAUAUUGUGGGGGUAAGUGCGCUCUAUUGACAACUUGUAUAGAAUCAUUUUGAAGCUUUUGAAAUUCUCGAGCUACAACACUCCGCAAUUACACAGUCUUUAGAGGAGCAGGCGUGCUCUGAUGCAAAUUUUCAGCGAUUUCCUCAGCUCAGAAUAUUGAUUUAGCCUAACUCAAGUAUACACCAUUUUGAAGCUCUUGAAAUUCUGAGAUACAGUAAGCCUGGGUUACUGUAGAAACAGAGAUCAAGUGUAGAUCAAGAUUCCGCGAAUGCGGUUCGAGCGGAGCGAGUGUGUGUCCCUUUAAGGUUGGGUACUGUAGUUGUACAAUACACCAAAGGAAAUAUACACUCGCUGCGCUCGAGCCGCGUGCGCGGAAGCUUGAUCUACACUCGCGCAGAGCGCUCGAUUUGGCUCCGCCCACAAAACCAUGCCCCAAGCAUUGCUCAUGUUAAGCCGAUCAUUUUGAUACCAAAUAAGGCCCGAGCGCUCUGCGCGAGUGUAGAUCAAGCUUCCGCGCACGCGGCUCGAGCGGAGCGAGUGUAUGUCCCUUUAAGGUUGGGUACUGUAGUAGUGCGUUGAGCCACGCCCAUAAUAGCAUUACUCAUGUUAGUCGAGCGCUCUGCGCGAGUGAAGAUCAAGCUUGUCCCUUUAAAAUGAUGUACUGUAGUAAUGAGCAUUGCUCAGGUUAGGGCUAGUCUAGUCGAGCGCUCUGCGCGAGUGUGUGUCCCUUUAAAGUCAUGUAAGCAUUGCUCAGGCUACACCAUUCUGAAGCUCUUGAAAUUCUCUACAAGAUCCACCUCUUUUCAGAGCUCCACCUACACGGCAGUUCAAAUCUCAGCCCGAUUAAUCAUCAACAUCCCAUCGGGUAUCAUCCUGAUCUACACAGCUCUAGCUGCUCUCUUCAUAACCCUCCGUUUCUCCACAAAAAACCCGAGUUCCUGGCUGGCCAAUCUGAUAAUUAUCAUCGGAUUCUACCUCACCGUACUCCUCUCGAUUAUUCUGAUUCUGAUCUCCAGUGCUGCUUUUGUCGGAGGCUGGUUGACAUCAGCGAUGUGUGUUCCGAUCUUUGAGGAUCCCAAUUAUCGAUUGUAUCAUUUGAUCAAUUUUACUUCGCCUAACUUCAAUGGACAAUCUACCAAUAUUAAUGCGGGGUGAGUUUGAGAAAAAACAACGACACUCCGCUGGUGAUUUUUGGCGCGAAAUUUGAAAAUUUGAAAAUUCAUUUUACGCCUAUCGUAACUAAGUCUAGAGCCCAAAUUUCAUGAAAAAUCUGAAUUUUCCAGAAAUUUCUCAAGGCCAAAAUGAAAUAUAUUGAAAAUUCCAAAAAAUUUUUGAAUUUAUGAAAAUUUUGAAACGUAUUUUUUCUAGACUAGAAAUUUCUAGAAAUUUCAGAUUUUCCAUGAAAUCUGGGUUUCAAGGAUACUAAACAAGCCUAGAAUUAAUUUUAGGACGACAAAACUGUGUCUAGAGCAUUGCUCAUGUUAGAAGUUCGAGCGGAGCGAGUGUAGAACAAGAUUCCGCGCAAGCGGCUCGAGCGGAGCGAGUGUAUGUCCCUUUAAGGUCGGGUACUGUAGUGGUGCAAAACUUCAAAGGGACAUACACUCGCUCCGCUCGAGCCGCGUGCGCGGAAGCUUGAUCUACACUCGCGCAGAGCGCUCGACUAGGCUCCGCCCACAAAACCAUGCCCCAAGCAUUGCUCAUGUUAAGACGAGCAUUUUGAGACCAGACAAGGUAUGGUUUUGUGGGCGGAGCCUAGCCGAGCGCUCUGCGCGAGUGUAGAUCAAGAUUCCGCGUAGGCGGCUCGAGCGCAGCGAGUGUAUGUUCCUUUAAAGCUUCCUACUGUAAUAGUGAGCUAAGCCACGCCCACAAAACCAUUGCUCAUGUUAGGCUGAUCAUUUAGAGACCAAACAAGGCAUGGUUUUGUGGGCGGAGCCUACCCGAGCGCUCUGCGCGAGUGUAGAUCAAUCUUCCGAGCACGCGGCUCGAGCGCAGCGAGUGUAUGUCCCUUUAAAGCUUCCUACUGUAAUAGUGAGUUAAGCCACGCCCAUAAAAGCAUUGCUCAUGUUAAGACGAGCAUUUUGAAACCGCAUAAGGCAUGGUUUUGUGGGCGGAGCUUAGUCGAGCGCUCUGCGCGAGUGUAGAUCAAAAUUCCGCGUCAGCGGCUCGAGCGGAGCGAGUGUAUGUCCCUUUAAGGUUUAAGAUACUGUAGUAGUGAGUUGAGCCACGUCCAUAAAAGCAUUGCUCAUGUUAGAAGUCCGAGCGGAGCGAGUGUAUGUCCCUUCAAAGCUUCCUACUGUAAUAGUUAGCUGCCCGAAUCAUUGCUCAUCUCAACAUUCCUUCCAGAGACGCCCUAACCACGUGUCAAUCCACAUCAGCUACCGUAUUCGGCGCAAUCAACGGUCAAAACUUCCUCUCACUCGACUCAAUCAAUCAACAACUCAACCUAAAUUCCUAUCGAGACGCCACAAAUCAACAAAUCCGCGAUCAGACUCCACCCAACUUCUCAUAUCCCACUGAUCUUCUCCACCAAAAACUUCUACAGAUUCAAAGCGACCGGGAUGUUCUAGAAGGCUAUAAUAAUGAUCUGAGUACGGUAUGCGCCUUUAACAUGCCAGCAGAUGUUUCGAGUUAUUUAACAUCUUUGAAUUCGAGCAUUUCAAAUAGCGCACAGUAUUUGAGACUUAUUGAUAAUUUGAACAAUAAUGUUGGGAAUUCGACAAAUAUUACAAUUUCAAUCAAUAAUCGGCAAUUUGAUGAAGCACAGGCGACUGUGAAUACAUCGGUUAAUCAAAUGAUUGUGAGUUAAAGGGAGGAGGAAAGUGCGCUCUAAUGAGAAUGUCCUUUAAAUUCCCUACAAAAUGAGCUACAACACUCCGCGAUUCCGCUCCAAACCUAUCAAUUUAGAUACCAUUUUGAAGCCCGCAAAAUUCCCUACAAAAUGAGCUACAACACUCCGCGAUUACGCUCCAAACCUAUCAAUCUUGGUAUCAUUUUGUAGCCCUUGAAAUUCUCUACAAAAUGAGCUACAACACUCCGCAAUUACGCUCCAAACCUAUCAAUUUGGGUACCAUUUUGAAGCCCUUGAAAUUCCCUACAAAAUGAGCUACAACACUCCGCAAUUACGCUCCAAACCUAUCAAUUUGGGUACCAUUUUGAAGCCCUUGAAAUUCCCUACAAAAUGAGCUACAACACUCCGCGAUUACGCUCCAAACCUACCAAUCUUGGUAUCAUUUUGUAGCCCUUGAAAUUCUCUACAAAAUGAGCUACAACACUCCGCGAUUACGCUCCAAACCUACCAAUCUUGGUAUCAUUUUGUAGCCCUUGAAAUUCCCUAAAAAAUGAACUACAACACUCCGCAAUUACGCUCCAAACCUAUCAAUAUGGGGGUCAUUUUGAAGCCCGCAAAAUUCUCUACAAAAUGAGCUACAACACUCCGCGAUUACGCUCCAAACCUAUCAAUCUUGGUAUCAUUUUGAAGCCCUUGAAAUUCCCUACAAAAUGAGCUACAACACUCCGUAAUUCCGCUCCAAACCUACCAAUCUUGGUAUCAUUUUGUAGCCCUUGAAAUUCUCUACAAAAUGAACUACAACACUCCGCAAUUACGCUCCAAACCUACCAAUCUUGGUAUCAUUUUGAAGCCCUUAAAAUUCCCUACAAAAAGAGCUACAACACUCCGUAAUUCCGCUCCAAACCUAUCAAUCUGGGAGUCAUUUUGAAGCGCGCAAAAUUCUGAACAAAAUGAGCUACAACACUCCGCAAUUACGUUGCCUAGCGCGCUCCAAACCUAUCAAUUUGGGUUCCAUUUGAAAGCCCGCGAAAUUCUGAACAAAAUGAGCUACGAUGCUCCGCAAUUACGCUCCAAACCUAUCAAUCUAGGUAUCAUUUUGAAGCCCGCAAAAUUCCCUACAAAAUGGUCUACAACACUCCGCAAUUACGCUUUAAACCUACAAAUCUUGGUAUCAUUUUGAAGCCCGCAAAAUUCUCUACAAAAUGAGCUACAACACUCCGUAAUUACGUUGCCUAGCGCGCUCCAAACCUAUCAAUUUGGGUACCAUUUUGAAGCCCUUAAAAUUCCCUACAAAAUGAGCUACAACACUCCGCAAUUACGUUGCCUAGCGCGCUCCAAGCCUAUCAAUCUGGGAGUCAUUUUGAAGCCCUUGAAAUUCCCUACAAAAUGAGCUACAACACUCCGCAAUUCCGUGCCAAACCUAUCAAUCCUGAUAUCAUUUUGAAGCCCUUAAAAUUCCCUACAAAAUGAGCUACAACACUCCGUAAUUCCGCUCCAAACCAAUCAAUCUUGAUAUCAUUUUGAAGCCCUUGAAAUUCUCUACAAAAUGAGCUACAACACUCCGCAAUUACGCUCCAAAUCUAUCAAUCUGGGGGUCAUUUUGAAGCCCGCAAAAUUCUCUACAAAAUACGCUACAACACUCCGCAAUUCCACUCAACUAAUUCCAGUACAACCUUCAAAACGUGGAUUUCAAAUGUCGUCCCAUCGUGGACAUCUACAACAACGGCGGCGAUGUAAUCUGCCAACAAUUCGGCGAACCUGUUCAAGGCCUAUGGGCCGCCAUAGGCCUAGUUGGCCUAAUGGCCUUCUUCGCAGCCGUAUUGCUCAUAUUAACAUAUCGCUGGUUGACAAGACCGGAUUUGAUUAAGGGAGAAAGAAGGUUCAGUGAUGGAAGUGUGUACAGAAUCCGGCCUGAAGUUACCGGAACUUCAGAAAAUCCAAAAUCCUUGCGACGCAUCAAUGUGGUGAAUUCGAAUUAUUUGGAGCCGGAAGUUGUGGCUGAAGCUCCGAUUGCUCAGCCUAGAGGACUUCAGCGGAAUAAUAUGAGCAAUUUAUGGGAUGCUGAUGAUAAUUCGAAUUAUAGUGGAACUAUUGGUCAGCGGGGAUUGAAGCGGAGUCAUUUUUAAUUAAUUAAUUUUUAUGAAACUUUGAUGAUUGUAUAAUAAAGAUCUUGAAAUUUGCUACAAAAUGAGCUACGACACUCCGCAAUUACGGGGGAAAAAAAUAAAACAAAAAAAAAUAAAAGUAGAAAUGCAAACGCGCUCUAAUGCCAACUUCACACGGCAAUUUGAAUUUGGCACGCUGUUUCUCUGCUUUUGUCAUCGAAGCAAACGCGCUCUAAUGAACAUUUUUCGAAAAAAUACAAUAUUUUUAAAUAAGUUGAAAAAAAAUUUAAAAAAAAAAUUUCGACCGCAUCGCGACCGCGCGCACACACAAGCAUUCAUUAAUUUUCGAAAAUUUUUGUUUAACACAAAUCACUGUGUUUUCUCUCCAAAAACCCAAAAACCCAAAUAAACUGACCUGAAUCCUCCUCAAAUUCAUUUUUUCUCGAAUCAAUCCGCAUUUUUUUGAAUUUGAAGUCGGAAACAAACAUCGGAACAUCGGAUAACUAAAAAAAAUAAAUUUUUUUCAUCAAAAACACAUUGAUUUACAACUCACCUACAAAAUUCAGCUCAUAAAUUGAUUUCAAAUCAAUUUUCCCGAUGAAAAAUCGAUUUUCCCCUUUGAAAAUUAUAUAGAGAUGAAGCAUUUGAGUUGUUCUAACUUCUGGAACCGGAAAAAUUACAGAAUUUCCCAUUUUUUCGAGGAAAAACGGUGCAAAACAACACUUUUUUUCAAUAAAACAAAAAAAAUUGAUUUCAAAAAUGUUUUGGACAGAAAAAUGUUGAAAAAUUGCCGCGUGAUCUACACUUUAUAUUUUUUGCGGGUCUAGGAUUUGAAAUUUUUUUUUGAAAAAAAUACAGGUUUCAGCUUGAUUUUUGAGAAGUUUGGAACUUUGGAAAAAAUAAAUAAAAUUAUUUUUUCCCGGGAAGUACUGUAUGGGUUUGCGCGUAGUGUUUGUUGUUUGCAGAUUUUUUCAACGCAUAUUUUUUUCUUCGAAAGCUAGUUUCAUCGUUUUUCCUCGAAAAAUGAGAAAUUCUGUAAUUUUUCUGCUUCCAGAAGUUAGAACAACUCAAAUGCUUCAUCUCUACACAAUUUUCAACAAGGAAAAUCGAGCGUUUUUGGAGAAAUUCGAUUUUUCAAGGGAAAAAUUGAUUUGAAAUUAAUUUAUGAGCUGAAUUUUGUAGGUGAGUUGUAAAUCAAUGUGAUUUUGAUGAAAAUGAUGCAAAUUUCAGAUUAUCGAUUGAAUUUUGCGCAAAAACUCGCGGGAGACGAUUCAAAAUCGAAUUUUGGCGCGAAAAUUCGGAUGAAAGCUGGAGAAAAAUUAUUUUUUGCAAAUAAUAAAGUGUUUGCUCAGAAGAAUCAUGAAAAAGUUUCAAAUUGA